AUGGCGGCCACGAUUCACGAUAUGAUCCGCCUUAAAAGGACCAACAAGAACACCCUCGAAUCCCUAGCGUUGCCGGAACGUAUGGACAACAGAGCGAGAAUAGCCUUUGGAGGAUGCGCGCUCUCAAUGACCGUUUCUGCGGCCUUCCAGACGGUGGAGAGCCCAUUAAGAGGGCGCAUGGCUUUGUACUCCGUACUUGGUCAUUUCCUGGGACCGACGGUGAUAGAUCGAGCGGUGUUCCUAAGAGUCACUGCGCUCCGUGACACGAGAACAUUUGCGACAAGGCAGGUCAUCGCCUUCCAGAAACAGGACGACGGAAAGGAGCGAGCUUGUAUCUCGGCACAGCUAGACUUUAUAGUAUCGCCCACAGAUGACCCAAGUAUCCAUUCAUUCCUUCAAUACUCUGUCUCCCCGCCGCAAACAGUGAAUCCUGAGGCUCUACCAUCAUACAGCGAAGCACUACGAGAUCGUGUCAUAGACGGUGGUUUAGACCCUAAUGUGGAGAAAGCCUACACCACCAACUUCAGGCUAUUCGAAACUCUCUUCGAGUACAGAGUGCCCCGGGAUGCACCGCUCAGCGAAAAUGUAAUGGGCAUUGAUAAAACUCGCAAAACAAGCCAGGACCAUUUGCCUCUCACUUCAAAGCGGCAUCUCGACUACUUUCGUAUCAGACAAAACACUUCCUCCACAUUCUCUCCUCCAGACCCUGAUGCCCUUCCCAUCUCUUCAACAUGCUUGCAUUUUGCAGCCUUGGCUUUUGCAAUGGAUGGCGCGAUAGCUUUUAUCCCUCUCAGCCUCUCGCACAACUUCUUACCUGACGUAGCCGCCUGCUCCUCCCUCGACUUUGCUCUGCGUUUCCACACUGACGUCAUGGAUGCCGGGAAAUGGCAUCUCCGAGAAAUACGGACGGUAGUUGGGGACUAUGGAAGAACUUAUAAUGAGGCCAGACUCUGGAAUGAGGAAGGGAGAUUAGUGGCAACCAUGAAUCAGCAAGAUAUUCUGAGGCCGCACAGCGGUCCCGAUGAAAGGAGGAGAGGCGAGGCGAAAUUGUAG